AUGCUAGAAACUGAAGCAGCGUCGUUUAUACCUUAUCUCAUUACCAAGAUAGGUGACCCGAAGGAUGCUGUGCGUAAUGGCUUACGAGCUUUAUUCAAGCAAAUGGCUUUGGUAUAUCCCGUGAGCAAAUUAUUCUCGUACGUAAUGGAGGGUUUGAAGUCGAAGAAUGCUCGACAACGAACAGCAAACGUGUCGGCGCUUGCAAAAUGCCUGGAUCAAUUAGGAUCGCUAAUUGAAAAUUACCGAGUUUCUGUUUGCCAACCCAACCCGUCCGUGGCGUUGAAGGAAGUUGCGAAGCAGAUCGCAGAUCGCGACAAUUCCGUUUGUAAUGCCGCGCUAAACUACAUCGUUCAGGCCUACUUCCUUCAAGGGGAACGUGUAUUCAAGCUUAUCGGACAGAUAUCGGAGAAAGAUAGAUCCCUGUUAGACAAACGAAUCAAGAGAGCAGCGAAGAAUCGGCCCACAAAAUCCGCAUCCGCUACCAGACUCUCCACGCCUGUGGUCGUAACUUCUAGCCCGCCGACGGACGACAUGGAGGCGGAUUACGAAGAGGAACAAGAAGAGAUUGCCGAGCCAAUAGAGACAGUACCAGAGCUGACAUGUGCUACGAGCACUACUGACAAUAAUGAGGACGAUCAAGUGUCUUCUGUGAUUAAAACCGAAUCUCCUUCAAAAUUGGACCAGGAAAUUGUCAGCGAAACCAAUACGCAAAAUCAUCUUUCCGAUCGAGAUGGUUUAAAAACGUUUGUUGCUUUUAAUCAUUUUAAUCAUUUUAUAUGACUGUCUUUUCGGCGCGCUCUAACAACUUGGUGCUGGGAAGUGUCACGGAAUUUUAUCGUGCAUUGUGCUAACAAUAAUCCGUCUAUUGUCGAAUACUGUCACUUAUAUAUCUGUUCAUUU